UCUAAUGCUGCUGGGAGGGCAUUUCUCCUUCUCAGGCGACCUCCUCGCCGAGGACCGGAUGCUGGAGCAGGCCGGCUUCGCCGCCGACUCACCUGCCGCCGCACCCGUCACUUCCGACGCAACAGUGCAGGAGACGGAGGCGGCCGAGAACGAGGCGUGGCUGGAGCACAUGACGGCUGUGCUCCUCGGCAGCGGGAGGAGGCCGUUCCUGGCGGCGCUGACCGGGUGCCUGGGCUCUCCCGACGCCGGCCUGGUGGCCGCCUGCCUGACGACGGCGGGGUGGCUGAGCCGUUCCCUAGCAUCGUCGCCGCUCCGGGACACGCACACGGACAUGCAGCUCGCCGCGUUCUCGGCUCUGGUCCCGCGGCUGAAGCGGUGCCUGGCCGGCGGCGCCGCCCACCUGCAGCCCCGGCACAGGGUGCUCGCCGCCGUUACGCUGCACAACUUCAGCAAAAUCCCAGACUGCACGGUCCUGCUGAUGCUGCCUGGCCGACCUCGCCGAGCUGACCCGGACGGCCGGUCAACUGUACGCCGAGCUCCACGAGUGACGACGCUGACCUCGGGCCCACACGGGAGUCGCCGGGGCCGGCCUCUCGUGCUCUCCGCACGGAAGAUUCAGCGGAGAAAAGUAUGCGCGGGAGGGAGGCGCUGA